AUGCCAUCAGACUCACAGCGAGCUCCCGAAUCUUACGAAAAGCCCGUUCUUGGGUCGCCUGUUUCUCGUGUUGCCGCAGCGGGGAGCAAAGCAGGAGGGGCAGACGUAGACCAGAGUAUCAUUCUCACUGGAGGAAAACUUGCCAUAGUUUUUACCGCAAUGUUAUUCUGUAUGCUCCUUACAGCUCUCGACCAGACCAUCCUCGCCACCGCCCUGCCGCGGAUCGCAUCCGACUUCGACGCGUUUACCCUCCAGGGCUGGGUCGCGACCGCCUUCAUUCUUGCCCAAACGAUCUUUCUCUUGUUUUACGGCCAGGUUUUGCGGAUCGCACCAGCCAAGUACGUGAUGCUGACCGCGAUCCUAAUAUUUGAAGUCGGUUCCCUGGUUUGUGGAGUGGCGAAGAAUAUUAAUAUGCUUAUUGCUGGGAGGGCGGUGACUGGUGUCGGGGCAGCGGGACUGUUUGUCUCCAUGAUGCAGAUUGUCUCACAAGUCACCCGUCUUGAAGAUCGACCACGUCUAUGGGGGCUUUUUGGGGCAGUUUUUGGUCUGGCCUCCGUUGUAGGACCGCUCGUUGGUGGUGCCUUCACUGACCGCGUAACCUGGCGGUGGUGCUUUUAUAUUAAUCUUCCCUUUGGUGGUGUUUCUGCAACAGUCGUCGCUUUCCUCCUCAAAGCAUCUCCGCCGCUCGGCUCAGACGGUACCCGCCGCACUUGGGCUCAUCUCCGCAGACAAGUCUCCCAUCUCGACUACAUCGGCGCCACGCUCGUUGCUGCCUUUGUGACAUGUCUGGUCUUGGCUCUUCAAUGGGGCGGCAAUACAAAACCAUGGAGCGACAAAGCGGUCAUCAUUUGCUUCGUCUUGUCGGGUGUUUUUGCCGCUGCAACUAUUGCAUGGGAGAUUUGGAUUGGCGAGGAGCGCGCGAUGGUGCCGACUACAGUUUUCAAAUCGCGCUCAGUCUUCGCAAUCAUCCUCUACUGCUUCCUAUCGCGGUUUUCCCUCCUCCUCUUCGCAUAUUACCUGCCCAUCUUCUAUCAGGCCGCGCGCAAUCACACCGCUACCCGCUCCGGAAUUGACUUGCUUCCGUUCAUGAUUGCGGUCAUUUUGUCUGCAGUCGUCUCUGGGCAGAUCGUCUCCAAGCUCGGAAUAUAUUUCUACUUCCUCCUCAUUGCACCUGUCUUCCUGGCUGUGGGCUCCGGACUAAUGUACACAAUUUCACCCGCAACUUCGACCGCCUCUAUCACCGGCUUCCAAAUCCUUGCUGGGAUCGGUACCGGUCUGGGUAUGCAAAACGCCUUCGUCGCCAUCCAGGCCGAGUUUCGCGACAAAUCCGACGCCCAUCUGCUCGGUCAGGCAACGGCUAUGGCCUCCUUUGGCCAAUUCUUUGGUGGAACAAUCGGUCUGGGUGUCGCAGAGCCGGUAUUUGCCACCGAGCUAGGCAGAUUUCUAGCGCGAUACGCACCAAAUGUGCCACAGCAAAUCGUCAGGCAGAGUCCGACUGCCAUUCAUGAUGCACUCCCAAAAGAACUGAUUUCGGGGGUCGUGAAGAGCUAUACGGAGUCGCUGAGGGUAGUCUUCGUGCUUGGCGUGCCGGUAGCAGGAUUGGGCCUCAUUGCAGCAGUCUUCAUACAGAACAUCAAGAUUGUGGACGAGUCGGCGGUGUCGAGCGCGGGACGCGUAGGUGGGGGGGAAAAGAGCUGA